GGAGGGGUUCCCGAAGUUUGCAGAACAACGCAUGGUUCGGUCGGAAUUUCUGGGCGCUCGCUGUCUGCACCUGUCCGGAGGAAUGUCCCCAGCGCUGCAUCUCCUGUGGGUUUUGCUGGUUCACUUACCAGAUAUCCACGCGGCCCCAGUGCUCAAUCAGACCCCAAUGUCGGGACCUGUUUCCGCGGGACAAACUGUCCGCUUAGAGUGUCGGAUACAGAACGGUAAUGUUGGAAGUUACAACAUGUACUGGUACCGACAGCCUCCCGGGGAGAGACCGAAGUGGGUGUUAGUACAUACCACAAGCAAUAACAUAUACCGAGGUACAGGGAUCACAGACCGUUUCCAACCGUCCAGAGACACCUCCAGGAACAGUCACAUCCUGACCAUCAGCAGGUUGGAGCCCCGGGAUUCCGCUGUCUAUUACUGUGGAGUGUGGGAUAAUGGAGUUAUCCUCGGUCCAGGCACCAUCCUAGAUAUCAAGAGUAGCGAUUCCCGGGAGCCCUCAGUUCUUCUGCUCCCUCCCUCUCCGGAGGAGACCGGCACGGGUUCGGCCACUCUCUCCUGUCUGGUGAGUGGUUUUAAGCCGGGCUUGGUAGCACUGCGCUGGAGCGUGGAUGGAGUCGAGACGGAGAGCGGGGUGACAACAGGCGCUGUCUCCCUGGACACCGAUCAGACUUACAGGCUGAGCAGUUACCUGCGGCUAACCACCGCUGCCUGGAACAAGGGCUCGAGUUAUUCCUGCAGCGUGAGCCACAGCUCGCUGAGCUCGCCGCUGCGCAACACCAUCUCUUCGUCCGCCUGUGCACAGUGAGAGUGUGCCGGCUGGCAGCACACGCGGAUUGUUUGUUUUUGUUUAAUGCAGUGAAGCAAUCAUUGUGUCUGUGCAGCCGCCCAUUGCAAUGUAAUUGUAUAGUAAUGUUCGCUUAUGGAAACAAUCAGAAUGUUUAAUAAUUUCAGAACAGUUGGCAAUCAUAAUCCAUCUUUUGCGACUGAUAAUUCUGUGUAGAAUUGUUGCCACUGGGCUGUGUCUGAACUACCGCUAUGUGUAGUCCCAGGAGCGAUCUCCCGUGCUGUGAUUUGAACUUGUGUAACACAACUCUAAAUAAACGAGGAAA